AUGUUUGCGUAUGAUUGUCAAGAUAUAUGUAAUAUAACAUUAAGUAUUACGGAAAAUACAUUAGUAGAAAAAUUAACAUGGAAUUUAUUAGAUUUACUAUCUAAUCGAACAUCAUUAUAUGAAUAUUUACAAUUUUCAUUAUCAAAACCAUCGAAUGAAUUUGAAUUAAAUUCAACAAUUUUAAAAUAUCGUUUAUUAGAAUUGGAUCGAGAAAAAAUAUGUCAAAAUAUUUCGAUCAACGACGAAUGCUCAUUACAAUUAGAGAUAUUUACUCAAACAUCAAUUAUAAUAAUAUUUAAAAUGAUUAUCAUAGACGAAAAUGAUUGGAAACCAUUUUUUAGUCAAGAAUAUAUUCAUUUAAAUAUUCAAGAAAAUCGUGCUAUAAAUUAUCGUAUUCAAUUACCUAUAGCUUAUGAUUAUGAUUCAAUAAAAUAUAAUAUUGAUCAUUAUGAAUUUCUCAAUAAUACAGAUGAAAUCGAAAGAAUAUUUCAAAUAGAAGAAUUUCACGGUGAACUUCGAUUAAAAUUAAUUAAAAAAUUAGAUUGUGAAUCAAAAGAUAAUUAUCAACUAUAUAUUAUUGCAAUUGAUAAAGGUGGUUUCAAAUCUAAUAUUUUACAUGUUAAUAUUACUGUAGGAGAUUUAAAUGAAUAUCAACCACGUUUUACUCAACGAAUUUAUCAUACAAGUAUACCAGAAAAUUUUCUAACAAUCAAUUCUUCAUUAUCUCCAAUACUUCAAAUAAUUGCAAUUGAUGAUGAUUGUUAUGAUAAAACAAUUCUUUAUACAAUUCUUAAUAAUGAUAUGCCAAAUGAUAUAUUUCCAUUUGAAAUAGAUAAAUAUACUGGUUAUAUUCGAGUUAAACAUCAAUUAGAUUAUGAAACAAUUUCAACAUAUCGUUUUCGUGUUAAAGCAUCAAAUCUUGAUCAUAUAACAUCAAGUAUUGUACCAGUUGUCAUUAAUAUACUAGAUAUAAAUGAUAAUCAACCUUCAAUACAAAUAAAUAUUCUUAAUGAAUAUAAACCUAUGGAAAAUAAUGAUGAAGAUGUUAUUAUAAAUAUUAAUGAACAUAUUCAUCCAGGACAAGUUAUUGGUACCGUUUUAAUACGAGAUAUUGAUUCAGCAAUGAUUAAUUAUAGAUUAUCAUUAAAAAUUCUUUCUUGUUUUCCAUUAACAAUUUCCUGUCCGAUUGAUUUAGAUUCGGAAAUAGAAAAUAAUACAUUUAGUUCAACAACUUAUAUAAUACGAACAUCGAGACAGUUGAAUAGUGAACAAGGUGAUGAAACAUUUAUAAUUAUCCUCGAAGCUAGUGAUUAUGGUAGUCCAUCAUUGAGUAGUCAACGUCGUUUAAUAGUUCAUGUUGAUGAUGAAAAUGAUUGUGCGCCAAAAUUUACUCAAUCAAACUAUCAAUUUCGAUUAUCUCAUCUAUCUUCAGUUGAUUUUUUAAUCGGACAAGUACAAGCGGAUGAUGAUGAUAAUUCACCAAAUUAUCGUCUUAUUCAAUAUAAACUUUUGGAAGAUAAUAAUCAAGAUAUUAUUCGAAUUGAUGAAAAUAAUGGAUAUCUAUUUAUAGCUAAACAAUCAUUACUUGAAAUAACAUUCAAUCUAACUGUAUUAGCUAUUGAUCGACAUAAUCAUUCAUUAUAUGAUCAAGCUAAUGUUCAAAUUAUAUUAUUUGAUACAGCAAAAUGUACAGCAAUGUUUAGACAAACAAUUUAUAUAUUUAAUACAACAGAACAUCAAAUAACACCCUAUGACAUUGGUCAAGUUAAUGCUGAUGAUUGUGGCUUAUCAUCAAUACCAAUUUCUUAUCAUUUAAUGCACGAUAAUUCAUUAUCUUUAUUUCCAUUUAUUCUUGAUAGUCAUUCGGGUACAAUAAAAGUAAUAAGUGAAUUAGAUCGAGAAAUACAAUCAUCUUAUAAAUUCUAUAUUCAUCUAUUUAAUUCAACAAGUCAAACAGAAGUUCAUAUAAAUAUUCUUGAUCAAAAUGAUCAUUAUCCUAUAUUUGAUGAUAUACAUGAACAAUAUAUUUAUAUAUCAACACAUCAAUAUUAUCAUCAAACUAAUAAAAGAUUUAUUGCACAUGUUCAUGCAACAGAUCCUGAUGAUGAUAUCAAUGGUCUUGUUAAUUAUUAUUUUACACAUAAAGAACAUUAUGAUUAUUUUCAUAUAUAUUCUAAUGGUUCAAUUAUUUUAUAUAAUUUAUUUGAUAUUCAUUUACCUAUUACACUUGAAAUUUAUGCACGCGAUCAAGGUUAUCCUGAAGCAUUAAGAUCCAAAGAUACUGUUAUCAUUUAUGUAUGUGAUAUAUUUAAACAGAAUGAAUGUCCAUCAAAUAAAUUACGAAGAAAUUUUUAUCUUGGCUCAAUAAUUAUUAUGAUAUGUGUUGUUUUAUUUUUAUUAAUAAUUAUUUUAUGUAUUAUUUGGAAUUUAUUUAUUAAAGAACAUCUCGAAAAUAAAAAAAAUAAUCAAUCAUAUAAUUGUCGACUUGAAGCAAGAAAAAAUUUAAUUGUUUCGGAUAGUUUCUAUGAUAUAUCACCAUCAAUAUAUGAAAAUCAUGAUAUAAGAUGUGUCGCGGUAUAA